CUGGCGGCGCGGACGCGCGCUCGGGGCAGCCGGAGAUGCGGGAGCGCGCACCGCCGUGGACGUCAAAAACCCAAUUUGGCGUGAACGGAAAGUGAAUGUGCGCGCGGAGAUCGGGCCUCGAGUAUGGCUCACAGGCCCAAACGGACUUUCCGGCAGCGCCAAGCUCAGUCCAGCGAUAGCGAUGACGCCGAGGAUCCGUCAGCUGAAUCCGGGGCGCCCAGGGAGCGGACGGCCCCGGGCCCGCAGGAGGAAGGCCCGCCCUCCGGAGGAGCCCGCGCGGAGGUGGCGGAACUGCCCCGCCGGACCCGAGGUCCUCGGGGCCGGGGUCGGGUCUGGGCGAGUUCCCGGCGCGCCCCCGGAGUCGCUCCUCGCGCUGACAGCUCAGGGGGCCAAGAAUCCAGAACAGCUGAUCUUUCAACAGAUGAAGAAGAUGGAGCACAUCAUUCCUCAGGAAGUAAUGAUGAUCAGAGUUCAUCUUCUGACAACGUUAGCUCUCUGGAAGAAAAAGAAUCUUCAUCAAUAGGUGGGACUCACCCCAGAACUCUAGUCUGGUUUGACUUUGCACCAAUUGUGUUGUGUUUCUUCUUUGUAUUGAUGUCCACAGAGGAGGAGGUCAUUUCUUUCUUAUUUGUUAGGAUCCCUGAUGCAGCUUUUAUUCAGGCAGCCCGCAGAAAACGUGAAUUGGCCAGGGCCCAAGAUGACUAUAUUUCUUUGGAUGUAAAACAUGACUCCACCACUCCUGAUACAAAGAGGAAUAAUGAUGAGGAUCCUGAGAGUGAGCCUGAUGAUCAUGAGAAGAGAAUACCAUUUACCCCAAAGCCUCAGACACUUAGACAAAGAAUGACUGAAGAAACAACAAGUAGAAAUGAAGAAACAAGUGAAGACAGUCAAGAAGAUGAAAAUCAAGAUAUUUGGGAACAGCAACAAAUGAGGAAAGCAGUUAAAAUCACAGAGGGAAGAGAUAUAGACCUUUCCCACAGUAGUAAAUCUCAAACAGUGAAGAAGUUUGAUGCUUCCAUUUCAUUUCCACCAGUAAAUUUAGAAGUUAUAAAGAAACAACUAAAUAACAGAUUAACAUUACUACAGGAUACUCAUCGCUCACAUCAGAGAGAAUUUGAAAAAUACAUGCAAGAUGUCAAGAGCUCAAAGAGUACAAUUGAGAACCUUGAGAAUUCAUCAAGUCAAGCUGCAAAUUAUAAAUUCUAUAAAAGCAUGAAAAUCUACGUGGAAAAUAUAAUUGACUGUCUUAAUGAAAAGAUGAUCAACAUCCAAGAAAUAGAAUCAUCCAUGCACGCACUUCUUUUAAAACAAGCCAUGACCUUAAUGAAGCGCAGGCAAGAUGAAUUAAAACAUGAAUCAGCGUACUUACAACAGUUAUCACGCAAAGCUGAGACAUCAACAAAUGGAAGUUUGGUUAUAGAUGAAAAAACUCAGCGCAUUUUAGAAGAUAUUGAAUCUCGAAGGAUACAAAGAAGGCAAGCAAGAGCACUUUCUGGUAACUAUAACCAUCAGGAAGGGACAUCUAGUGAUGAUGAACUAUCUUCUGCAGAGAUGACCAACUUCCAAAAAAGCCAAGGUGACAUUUUACAGGAUCAUAAGAAAGUUUUUGAAGAUGUGCAUGAUGAUUUUCGUAACAUCCAGAAUAUUUUAUUGAAAUUUCAGCAAUGGCGAGAAAAGUUUCCUGAUUCCUAUUAUGAUGCUUUUAUUGGCUUAUGCAUACCAAAACUUUUAAAUCCCCUAAUACGAGUCCAGUUGCUUGAUUGGAAUCCUCUUAAGUUGGAUUCCAUAGGUUUAAAACAAAUGCCAUGGUUCACGUGUAUAGAAGAAUUUAUGGAUAACAAUGUGGAAGAUGCAAAGAGAGACACUAGUUCUGAUAAAAAAAUUUUGUCUUCAGUCAUCAACAAGACAGUUAUUCCUCGACUUAAAGACUUUGUAGAAUGCAUUUGGGAUCCACUGUCAACUUCACAGACAACAAGUUUAAUAAACCACUGCAGAGUGAUUCUUGAAGAACAUUCCACUUAUGAAAAUGAAGUUAAUAAAAGCCAACAGGAUUUACUUAAAUCCAUUGCUUCAAGAAUGAAGAAGGCGAUAGAAGAUGAUGUUUUUAUUCCUCUAUACCCAAAGAGUGCUGUAGAAAAUGAAACAUCACCGCAUUCCAAGUUCCAAGAAAGGCAAUUCUGGUCAGCUCUGAAGCUCUUCCGCAAUAUUCUUCUUUGGAAUGGAGUCCUUUCAGACAACACCUUGCAAGAGCUAGGACUAGGGAAGCUGCUAAAUCGAUACCUUAUUAUAGCUCUUCUUAAUGCCAUACCUGGACCAGAUGUUGUGAAAAAAUGCAACCAGAUAGUAGUAUGUCUACCAGAAAAAUGGUUUGAAAAUUGUGCUACAAGGACAUCUAUUCCCCAGCUAGAAAACUUCAUUCAGUUGUUAUUGCAGUCUGCACAUAAAUUGUCUGGGGAUGAAUUCAGGAAUGAAGUCAAGGAAAUAAUUCUUAUUCUGGUGAAAAUAAAAGCUUUACAUCAAGCAGAAUCCCUCACAGAAGAGUAUCACCUAGACCAUCUUAAAUCACUAAUUAAAGAAGUUUGAGUACACUUAAUAGGAAAGUACUAAAAUGAGAUUUAUAUAUUUUAAAAUAUAAUACUCAAUCCCUUUGCUUGCAAACAAAACAAAACAAAAAACAAAGCCUGGUGCCUUUUUAUUCCUUGUAAUGGAGGGUAGGAUUUCCAAAGAACAGAACUCCUCCCUCCAUUCCCUCCUUCUGCUUUCCUGGAAAACUGCCCUUCCUAAUUAACUGGUGCUUGAAGAAAUUAAAUGCACAGGAGCAGUAAGAGAUCAAUCUGUAUGUCUUUGAAUUUCUUUACUUUUAAAGACUCCUGUUUACAAUUAAUAAGGAAAUCUUAAUUAGAAAGAAUUAUGUGUUAACUGGAUAGUCAAAUUGUCCUUCAGAAAUCUGUACCAAUCUCUUGUACCAAGACCAAAUAAGCGUAAGAGUGCCACUGAAUCACCACCAGUUAUUAUAUUUGACAGGUAAAAAGAAUUGUAAUUCUUUUGUUUUGGCUGUUAGCAAAAAAUAUAUUGGGUUGGACAAUUCAUUAUUCUUUUUGAAAUAUCCAUUCUUUUUUUUAUGGGCUUGAAGGCCUUUAUAUUGUAAAAAAAGACUUUUUUUUUUUGCCUGUCCUAUGUGGCAAAUUAGUUUUUCUCAUUUGUCACUUUUCUUUUGUAUGUUUUUUUUUUUUUUUUUUUUGGUAUGCUGCUGUUGCUUUUUUAGCAAGUUGCUGCUUUUUGGUCAGACCAUUGCUGGAAAGCACUUAGCAUUCCUUCACUAUGACUGUUCCCAGCAAUAAUUACUGUUUUCAUCUUAAUUUUAUCCUUUCAGACAUUUAUCUCUAUGAAAGUAUGUGGUCAGGUCCAAUGGCCGCAUGCCUGUAAUCCCAGUAGCUCGGGGGGCUGAGGCAGGAGAUCAUGAAUUCAAAGCCAGCCUCAGCAACAGUGAGGCUGGCUUUGAACUCAUGAUCCUCUAAGAAACUCAGUGAGACCUUGUCUCUAAAUAAAAUACAAAAUAGGGCUCAGGAUGUGGUUUAGUGGUUGAGUGCCCCUGAAUUCAAUCCCAGGUACCCCUCUCUCAAAAAAAACUUUUGUGUAAUUUUUUGUUUUUGCAUAAAUGGCAGAUUUUAUUGCAUCUGAAAUGUGUAAAUUUUUUAUUAUUAAAGUGUACAUUUAUAAAUUA